GGCGCGCGCAUUUUAAAGUUGACAAGGCACACAUCAAAGCUAACACGUGAAUGCUCGUGAACGGAGUUCGCAAGAUGAACGGUUCGACUCCGACGUUGCUUGGCUAACUUUGCUUUAGCGAAGACGUCUGAUAGUUCCUGAAGCACGCUGUCGACUAGGCAUAGUUGAGACACGCGAGAUGGCCACUGAGCUUCCUCCACUGAAAAAUGACCGUCUACUGCGGGUAGCAAGAGGUGAAAAAGUGGACCGAGUACCGGUCUGGUUGAUGCGUCAGGCCGGUCGGUAUCUACCAGAGUUUCGUGAGCUCCGUAGGGACUAUACGUACGACGAGAUCUGCCGCACGCCAAGGCUCGCAUGUGAAGCGACCAUGCAACCCCUACGUCGUUAUGAUGUCGAUGGUGCGGUUAUGUUUGCCGACAUGCUGGCUCUCCCCAGGGUAAUGGGACUUUCCGCUGAAAUGCUCACAGAGACAGGGCCCCACUUCCCGGAACCACUCGACGACCCAAAAGACCUCCGCAGGCUGAGAGAUCCAGAUGUAUCAAAGGAACUAAAGUACGCCUUCGACGCCAUCGCACAGGUACGGCGCGAACUGCAAGGCAGGGUGCCAGUCAUUGGCUUCAGUGGCGCACCUUGGACGCUGAUGAGCUACAUGAUUGAAGGUACCGGUAGCAAGACCAUGUCUAAGGCAAAGCGUUGGCUGUACGCUACACCCCGUGAAAGUCAUGAGCUUCUAGGGCGCCUUACAAACGUCAUCAUAGAGUACAUGACAAACCAAGUCAAGUACGGCGCUCAAUUUCUGUACCUUUUCGACACAAACGUGCGUGUUCUGGAUUCCCGCAUGUUCGCAGAGUUUGUAGUGCCAUACAUUAAAAGGAUCCGUGAAUAUGUGAAGGACAGCCUGGCCAGAGAGAACCUUCCCGAUGUGCCCAUGGCGCUUUUCCCAAUGGGUGCGCAUUAUGCUCUCGAUCAAGUGAGAGACAUUGGAUUUGAAGUCGUUGGCGUGGACUGGUGCAUCCCACCAAAGGCAGCGAGAGAAGUACUGGGUCCCAAUAUUACCUUGCAAGGUAACUUGGACCCAUGUGCACUGUAUGCAACUACUCCACGCAUCGCAGUUCAUGUGAAGAAUAUGCUAGCAGACUUUGGAACUGACAGAUACAUUGCCAAUCUGGGUCAUGGGCUCUACCCAGAUAUUGAACCUACAAAGGUGGCCGUUUUUGUUAAAACCGUGCAUCAGGAGUCCGCAAAAAUGAUAGCACACCCAGCCCCGCACUAAAUGGGAAUAAAUGGGAACAAAUUAA